AUGCAUUGUACCUCUGCUGUAUGCAAUCUUGCUACUGAGUGGAAACGUGUUAAUAAGUCCCGGUUUAUGCGAUGCCCCAACAAUCGCAGGAAAUAUGAAAGCUAUGAUUCCACGACUAAAAUCCGCAUCAUUGUUUAUGGAACCAAUCCUCCUCUUCGGACUGUGCGUACUCGUCAUUGCUACUCGGCAGUUACAAACAGAUGCGUUAUUUUUUCCUAG